AUGCCAGCCACUGCAGAGACCGCCAGCUACCGCUUCAACCAUGUGAUGCUCCGCAUCAAAGACCCGAAGGCCUCGCUGGACUUCUACGAAAACGUGCUGGGCAUGGACGUGAUCGACAAGCACGACGGCGGCGAUUUCACGCUCUACUUCCUCGCCUACCAGCACCAGAAGGGUGUCACCGAGCGUGGCGAGCGUGAGGCGAUUCUCGAACUCACCCACAACCACGGCACCGAAAACGAUGCCAACUUCAGCUACCACAACGGCAACCAAGAGCCGCGCGGGUUCGGACACCUGUGCGUUGCGGUCGAUGACAUCCAGAAGGCCUGCGACAGGUUCGAGAAGCUGGGCGUCAAGUUCCAGAAGAAGCUGACCGACGGAAAGAUGAGGAACAUCGCUUUCAUUUUGGACCCUGACAACUACUGGAUCGAGGUUAUCUCGACCUCCAAGCCCCAACGCAACAAUGCAAAGAUCUGA